CGCGAAAGUUACGCUCGGCCUGUCACGCAGAUAUAUGUUAUAUAUCCGGCGUACGCGGUCGGGGAGCGAGAUGGCCCUGCAGCUGCGCAGUGAGGCCCGCGGGCAGUGACAGGCGCCGCGGAGAAGGCCGCGCACCGGGCCGGGGCCAUGGCAGAGACCAAGGAGGUCCCAGGUGGCGGCGGCGGCCCUGAGGAAACAGGCGGCGCCCACACUGCCGCCGCCGCCGCCGCCGCCUCGGAGUCGCUGAGCGCGGGGGAGUACUCUCGGCGGGUGCACCAGUGGCUGUGGGACUCGUACUGCGGCUACCUGAGCUGGCAGAGCGGCCUGGCCGCGCUCAUGGCCGGAGCCGCCGCCUCUGCCGCCCCGCCUCCCGGCGGCUACUACUACAGCCCCUUCCACUACCUCCUCGCGACCCCUCCGGCUCCCGCCGCCAGCGGCCCUGCCCCGCCGCGCGCGGCCCCGGCUUGGCAACCGCCCGCGGGGAGGCACGCGCCCCUGACCCAACGGGCCGCCCCCGCCGCCAGCUCCCUGAGGGAACCCGGCCGGCCGGCAGGUCGUGAAUAUAUUAUCCCAUCCUUGGCUCACAGGUUUAUAGCAGAGAUGGUGGACUUCUUCAUUCUUUUCUUUAUUAAAGCAACCAUAGUUUUGAGUAUUAUGCACCUCAGUGGAAUAAAGGAUAUAUCCAAGUUUGCCAUGCAUUACAUCAUAGAGGAAAUAGAUGAAGACACUUCCAUGGAAGAUUUACAGAAAAUGAUGAUAGUGGCCCUUGUCUACAGAUUGCUAGUCUGCUUCUAUGAGAUUAUUUGCAUUUGGGGAGCAGGUGGAGCAACCCCAGGAAAAUUUCUGCUUGGGCUUCGAGUUGUGACAUGCGACACAUCUGUACUUAUUGCACCAAGUCGCGUGUUAGUGAUUCCAUCUUCUAAUGUGAGCAUGACAACAUCUACAAUACGAGCUUUGAUCAAGAAUUUUUCUAUUGCUUCCUUUUUUCCUGCAUUCAUUACCCUGCUGUUCUUUCAGCAUAACCGAACAGCCUAUGAUAUUGUAGCAGGAACAAUUGUGGUAAAACGAAACGGUGUCAGAUGAUACACAAGGAAGCCAGGAUUCUACUGUUCAAAUGUGCUGAUGACAUCUGGUGGAUUUCUGAAUCUGUCACUCCAGAACAGUGCCAAUGAUGACACUGAACUUUUUUUUAAUUCCAGCAGUGCCAUAAACAUUGGAGAAAAUGGCACUGAUAUAAUUUGAGAGUAUUUGAACUGAUCAAGAGAAUUAGUUCUCUUUAAAAGCUAUUGGCAGCCUAUGGUCAGAGUGUCUUCUAGUUUAUGAGAAAUGCUAGUUCUACAGUGAGGGUCCUAUAGCAAAAGAGAGACUUAUUUUUCAUGAACACUCAAAACUAUUACAGGAGAUAACCAAAGGGAUUAUAGUGUUUGCGGCAAAUUGUUAGAAGUUAUAUAAUGCUAUGGUGGCAGACUUGAGUUGCCACUUUAUAAAAGCCUUAUCAUGAAUUUCUCAUGCAAACAUUGUAUUUUAAUACUCAAAAGUUUUCUUUAAACAUCUUGUGUGUCUUGCAUGAUGAAGAGAUAUUGAACACAAAUCCAAUAACUGAAUAUGUGCUAUAUCAUGGAAGGCAGAUAAUUCUGGUAUUGGUAAACUGGUAUAUAUUGGAGUUCUGGCAGUAUUACUAUAGGGAAUAGAUGCAAAUUACAUGUUAAUCACUGCUUAGGAUAAGGAAAAGUUUGAUUUCUCUCUCCUCCCUCUCCCCCUUUGUAAGAGCACAGAAAACUUAAACUAGUGCAAAAAGGAAAAAACAAAGCUUCAGAUUUGUUUAAUGAGAACCACAAUAAGUUUGAGAUACGAGCAAAAGGAAGUUUAUGCAUAGCCUUUUGCACCAUUUUAUAACAAAAUAACUUUUUUAAAAAUAGCCAGUAACACUAUCGCUAAAGCAAUAGAGAAUCUGUGUGAUCUUUGAAAAAGCAAAUGUAAAUAGGUGCACUUUCACUUUAUCUGGUUGUGUGCCUAGAUAAUUUAAAUUAUCCUUAUUGAACAAAGCAUAUUUUGCAUGAUUUAUUUUUACAAAUAGAAUAUUAGCUGAAUAGCACAUUGGUAUCAAGUUUGCCAAGCCAUAAAAAGUAUUACCAUUCUCCCUUAAUCUUCUGUUCCCUUAAGAUCAAAUACUAUGUAACCAGAACACAAUGUUUCUAUUAAUUUGUUUCUGGUCACUUGAUAAGGAACUAACUUAUUGUAAUGGGAUAUUGCUGAUUUUUUUUUUUAAAUAUACGUGUCUUUUUAAAAUGUAAUUAUUAUAACAUACACUGGUGUUUUCAAGUUAUUGUAGUAUCUCAAUUUAAGGAAGUUCACAACAGAGCCAUUGGUUUAGUUUUGGAACUGGUGUACAAUGGUGUCGUGAGAUUCAGAUUCUUGUCCAUGUACAUAAGCAGGGAUCUCAAACUUGACAGAUCAUAUGGCUACAGUGAUGACUUUCCAAAUGUAACAGAGUAUCAGAAAUAGUCUUCUAAUUAGACAAACAGUUAAGAGGGAAGGGCUGCUGUUCAAUAGGGAGCAGCAAAGAAAUAUUAUUUCUCGCCUCACAGGAAUUUUGAGAAGUCCUGUGUUCAAAUAAAGAUGAAUGUGCGAGAGCCUCUUGGAGGGGAGAUCAUACAGGAGUAAGUACUUAACAUUUCUCCUAAAAUACAUUUCUGGAAGGGUUAAAAGUUUGUGCCACGGCUGCUUCCUUAACUCGUCUCUUUCCAUCUUUCUGAAUGAAUUAAUUUUAGGGCUGAAAAAUCUGCAAGUAGUCUUGCUGCUACGGUUUGCAGCACUGAACAUAAAUGAAUGUUGAGGAAGGCCUACUUACAGGAGAGCACUGAUGGAUUGGGAGAUUUACCACACCCACUUGUUCUAUGGCAAAUAUCCUAUUCCUUAGAAUUAAAGAACCUAUGAGCCAAUUGGCAGGCAAUGCUAAGCUGAAUUAGUUUAGCAUGGGUUUCUUGAAGAGAUCUUGGCCACUGCCCUUCUCUGCUUCUCCCACACCCUGCUAAUGCUAAUACAUCUUGUCAUUCAGACAAGAUGUAACCAGGGUUUGUUCAUGGUUUGGUUUAGCUUUAGGUGCCUGUCUUCAUUAAUUAUAACUUAGCACUAAUUCAGUCCCUCUGAGAGAACAGCUGGGCUGACAAAUCAAUUAAGCUCUAUGAAUCGAGUAGUAAGAGGUAGCUCCACACAGCAUUGCUGAAUUAUGUGCUACUAGUUUAUCCUAGUUUAAUUAAAGCUGAUAUCAAUUGGGGAUAGCAUCUCUGCUUCUGGUGUGAUAAGAUCAUUCAGUUACUUCCAACAGCAAGGGAUAGCAGAAUUGACUGCCUGCAGAGUAGUCAGGCCCAGAACAGUGAACCAUGUGGAAAAUCAUGGAGUGGAGCUCUGACUAGUGGAAGUCAGUCCAUCUGGAUGUGAAAAAGGUGGUCACCAGUUCAAGGAUUGUGGAUUUUGACUUUAUGUUUCCACUACCCUUCUGUGUUGCAUUUAACUUGUAAGGUGUUUUUUGCACACAGUUCCAUCAAUUGAAGGGUACAUUUCUACACUUUUAGUUAAGCUGAGAGAGACACAGUAGUAGUAGCAGCAGCGGUAUUAUCAGUUGUAGAGCACAAAGGACACAAACUGCUUUGAUCAACUAUUUUAGUAAUGAAUACUGCAGUACUUGUGUUACUAGAUAUUAUAAAGAUUAAUUAAGCCAGCAUUUAAACUGCCUACAUGAUUGCUUUUUUAUACUUUGGGUAUGUGUCUUUAUGUUGCAUUUAUCAAGUUGUUGCUUUGUUGCUCAUAGUUGAGUAUUACAUAUUUUAGGCUUUAAAACCCACAUUUUUCAGUGAAAGCUGCUAAUUCCUGACUGCUGGGGCUGAUAAAUUUAUUAUGGUCAUAUGUUAUUUUAAAAGGUGCUUCAUAAAUUCAUCUUUGUUUCUAGACCCUUGGCUCAUAGACUAAUAGUUUAGUUGCAUUACUCUUGAGCCACCAUGCUUCAAAAGGUCUCAGGAACAGCAGAAUGGAAAGGUUACAAGUUUUUUUUUUACCUGCCCCCAAGCAUAUACAAAAAAGCCAGCCAGACAUGGAGUUGUGCAUAUUGCAAAAGCAGGUUCUACGUCACAAAGUAAAUUGCCCACAACUGGCAACUGCUCCUUGACUUCUUGCCUCCCACAUCCCUUUCCAAAAAGGAGUAAAUGUGUUCAGCCACUUAUGUUAUUUUUCUUUAGGCUAUCAAACGUGCUAGAAACCCAUCCCUGAGGACUGCUAGGAUAAAAGCAAAAUACAUGGGACAAAAUGUUCUUUGUGUGUCUUGAGGACUUUGGCCCCUGCAGCAGAGGAUUAGGGCAAGAGAAAACGAUGGAGAAUGGUUUGCUAGAUGGUGAUAAUGCAAGCUGUUGGAAAAACAUAGUUGAAAGGUCCUUAUCCAGUUGUUUUUUUUGAGGCAUGUAUGUAAACCUAAAGACCUACUAGCCUUAAGAUAGCAGGAAAGGGGAGAAAUGAGCACAAACCUCCUGACUGGAACUCUUGAAGGGUCCUGUGAAGAUGAGGACCUGCAUAUGGGACUGCAGACCGCAAACAAGAAGAACCUCUUAUAAACCAAGCUGAGACUGUUAAUCACGGUACCUGCGAUCGUUUAUCUUUCACUUGCUGCCAGUUACUUGGCAGUAACUAUUUUAAUAAAGACAUUAUCGUCCCUGGUU